AUGACCAGGUCACACAAAUUUCAAGUAUGUGUAAGUCUACAGCACUCUAAACUCACACCAUUUGUGCCUCACUCCGUUUCAGCUAUUUCCGUUGCACACCUUGACACUUCCCUAACGCAUGACUCCAUUCUUCCCUGGGCCUCCCCGAAAACAAUAUGCCAAGAACUCCCGAAAAAGCUUUCUAGCUCACACCAAUGGCGACUCUGUCUCCUCGUCUACACACCAAGGCCGCUGCCCCUCUCUGUCAACCACGGCAACGUUGGCAGCUACCCGGUGAAGAAGCAUGCUGGGAGAUUGCAGGCGAGCUACAGGGGCCUUGAGGCACUGUAUGACGAUGGGUACCAGACGGUGAAGAACCUAGAUUACUACUACGAAUCACUUGGCGAGCUGGUGGAGCAUGACAGUGGGCCGGUGCGCUGGUUUUGCCCCGUCGACGCCGGCACCCCGAUCGAGGAUGCUCCUCUGAUGCUAUAUUUGUCUGGAUUUUUGAACUAA